AUGAUAGUUAAGCCAGCUGCUUUAUUUUCGGCAUUUGUAUCUACUGUAUACACUUUACAAAAUCCACUCAUUUCUGCGCCUUUCGACAAUUUUCGCAUCGAAUGUGCCAAAUCUUCAGGUGCCGUAGGAAUUAGUGUACGAAUGGUCGGCUCACAAGGUUUCAUCCGACAAGAUACCGUUUUCGCAAUUAUUUGCGAACGAGUCGACGAGCUAUAUCCAUGGCAUGGUAUUCCUACAAGCAUUGCGGAAUUGGAACGAGAAGACUGCUACUACAGCCACUUGUUUGAUCCAGUUGUAGAUACAGAAUCACUGUAUACAUGUCGACCGCGAGAAUACAUAUCUGGUAUUACCCGUCUGUCGGAUACUCGGGUACAGGUGUUGUGUUGUCGUUUGCGAACACGAGAUGAAGCAAAUUGUCAAGAGAAAGAGUUCACUAAACCAAUUGGAUCUGAUCCACGGACAGACAUAUAUCAUCGCAAACAGCUUAUCAAUUCGAUUGCUGUCGAAGGGCAUAAUUAUAGAGUGCGAUUUUGCGACCUUGCUCCGCGAGCUAUAGCUCUAAUUUACAACGACUUACUUAUAACAACUACUAUCACCACCGAAACUCCAAAGAACAAUGGAUAUCAUGCAGAAGCAGAAAGUGACAUGUUGAAGACAGCAACGGCCAGAAAUAAAUACACAAAGAAUAAUUUGUUUGAACGUCUGACAUCGCAAGCUACGACCUCAUCAUCUACAACCAAACAUGUUAUCCAGAUAUUUCGACCGAGUUCCUUGUACAACCUUGAAGAAGUUCAGAAUAUGCGCAGUACAAGCACUUCUUCACCAAAUCAUUCUCAAAAUAUUGAAUUAUUACUAGAGAUGCAACAAACUUCCAGAGAGAAAUUUUCAGCUAUUACGAAUACAGUUGAUGAAAAAAAACGCCACAGCACUGCCUGGAUGAUAGAUGAAAUAAGCAAGCAAAACUCUGCACUACCUACUGUUUCUUUUGUACCAACAAGAAUUACGCAGCAGUUUCAAAGUUAUUCAGUAGCAGCGAAACAAGAUGUCGUUUCAAGUGGUCGUAACCGAACAACAAUGACAUUGUCUUACUUCGCUACAUCUUCACUGCAAACCACAACUGCGUCAUCACUAAUUCUCUUGAAACCUUUGACCUCUAAAGUAGUGCAUACUAAAGUUACAUCAAAAAACAAGCAACCUACAACGAAAGCAAGUACAAGACGACGGAUGAAACAGACACUAAGUCCAACCAUUUCCAGUAAUUCAUCCAGGAUUACGCCUCAGUUAACAACGCCAUCAGCUCAUCUCAUAGAACUUGAGAAUACAACAGAAAGUCCUUCUUUAUUAAGUACUCAACUGCGCCGUGAUUCUUCUAGUGGAACACACAUCGAUGAAGAAACCAAGUAUUCACCAUUCGAGAAUAGGGACAGUAAUCCUUCACGUGACAAUGAGGCUUUUGGAUCAGAAUAUUUGAUUCUUCCUACCUCAGCUAAUCUUCUCGAUAUGACCACAUCAAGCGGCAGUUUCUUAUAUAAAAUUUCGAAUGAAAUUCGUCAUGCUCCAGUUAAAUCACAAGAUGUUGGUUUGGAUUACAGUGAAUAUAACUUAUCGAUGAAGAAAUCCGCUGAUGGUAGUCGUACAUAUGUACCAGAAAAUCAGGAACCACUGAACGCUCCAUCAGCAGCAAUCGUAUACGAUGCAAGCAAACAAAAAAAUGCUGUUUUGGUAAUAGCAAGACGAAAGAAGAAGAAAGUUCAACAGAAUGAUCAGGAAAGCAAUCAAGAACAGAAAAAUGGUGAGGAGCUGUUUGAAAAUGCCCGCAAAGAAUUACUAUCAAUGAAUGAUGAGGUUAAUUCAUUCCCAAUGGAUACAUAUACUUCUGCAUCUUCAGCAGUAUCAAGUAAACAAGAUUUGGAGUUUCCUACCACGAGCUCCAGUCCGGCUAAUCUGAAGAACACUGCAGAAGACGUCUAUGAUCCAGCGAAAUUUUAUCGCACAGUACCACCGAAACGGCCAACUCAGACAGAAAAAGUGCUAACCUUCUGCACAAAGGAGAUAGCCAUUCGUGAUCGACACAAUUUAGUGAUUGCUUGUGGUAGUGAAACGGAAAUAUGGCAACCAUUUCGGUGCCCGGCAGGAAGUGAAUGCUUCUCUUCAACUGAUUCCAGUUAUCGAAUCUGUUGUGCUGUAGCCGAAGCUGUUCGCUAUACUCAUUGA